AUGUUCUUCAAUACAUCCGCAGAUGCUCUCUAUAUCCCCCCUACCACAAUCGACCCUGUAGGCUACGGCAAGGUUGCUAUUGUCACAGGCUGUGGAUCAGGGAUCGGUCUCGCAUGCACACAGCUUCUCCUCGCGCAUCAGUAUCAAGUCUGCGGCCUCGAUAUACGCGAUUUCAACUACUCGCUUCUCCAAGAGUCGGACCAUGGCCGGUUCCACUUCCACCGCGCCGACCUCACGGAAUUGCGGGCGUGUGAAGAUGGUGUAUAUGCAUCAAUUGCGUCUUUUGGGAGAAGAAUCGAUCUGCUCGUUAACGUGGCGGGUGUCAUGGAUAGCUUCAGCAGCGCUGACGGCGUCACAGACGUUGAGUGGGACAGGGUUAUAGCCGUCAACCUAACCGCCCCCGUCAAAAUGAUGAGGGCCGUUCUACCUUUCAUGAAGGAAAAGUCCACCGGCGUCAUUGUCAAUGUUGCCAGCACGGCUGGGCUCUCAGGGGCUGUCGCCGGUAUUGCGUACACUUGCAGCAAACACGGACUGAUUGGCGCCACAAAGAACGUGGCCUGGCGUUUCCGCAAGGAGGGUAUCCGGUGCAAUGCCGUGCUCCCCGGUGCUAUCGAUUCGCGGAUCGGCAAGGCUAUCGCCUCGGGGCACGCUGACGAGUUUGACAUCGAAGCUUAUGCACAGGUUGAACCAGUCCAUGCUCUGCAUGCCCAAACAUCGGACUCAACCCCAAACAUCACGCCGCUUGAGGUUGCACAAGCAGUCGUAUUCUUGGCGACUGACCAGGCGAGGACCAUAAAUGGUGUGGCCCUGCCUAUUGACCAAGCUUGGGGCGUUGUGUAA